AUGGAAAGCACGCCCCACACAUCAGAACGAGAUAAUAUGAAAGCUCGGAAGUAUAGUUCAGUUGCUAAUGAAAAUAGAAAAGAGAUGAUCUUAGUUAGUGUAUUAAACUAUUUAGGAUAUUCCUUUCUCUUUCAAAAACCCAAGAAAUUCACUGUUCAUACUUCUCUUCCUUUUAUUAAUAUAGAAAAGUGCUUUGAUCAAACAAACAAUGUUGUUCUCUCUUAUGAAGAAUUAAGAGCGGAGGCUUUAUCUCUUAAAGUUGGUGAAGGGAGAAAUGACAAAGAGAGGAGAAUCACGCAGUUCAUCAGAAACAAAACGGUGAAUCGACUUGUUGACAUCCUCCAAACACUUCCUUUUGUUACAGUAGAAGAGAAGAAAUCAACAAAACAAAUCACAGUCAACACAUCCACUCCAAUCACUCGGAAGUUGAAAUCUAUUAGCUUAACUGACCAAGUCGGUAAUAUCUUUGUCAUCAACUUGAAAAAGGAAUCGAUGAUAACUUACGUCGACCAAUUGCAUUCUUCAGUGUUCCAACAAGCCAUUAACUUGGAUCUUUAUCUUCAACAAUACACAAUCGAUAUCAAUUCAUUUGUUGAAGUUCUUCAGUCGCCAGAGGCGGUUUCCUGUACCAAUUCUAAUUCUUUUGAAUUAGAACAACAAAUAACACCUCAAAACUAUUACUAUUGCAUUUAUUAA